AUGAGAGUGAUCGUCCAUAGAUGUUAUUCCAAAUGACGAAAUAUUACUGGCGAUUAGCGAAAAGGGUUAUGUUAAACGAAUGAAACCUAACACCUUUAAUCUUCAAAAUCGCGGAACAAUUGGUAAAUCAGUUGGAAAACUGAGAGUCAAUGAUGCGAUGUCUGACUUUAUUGUUUGCCAUGCCCAUGACUAUGUGCUGUAUUUCAUUGAUCGAGGAACAGUAUACUCAGCUCGUGCAUAUAAAAUACAAGAAUGUACCCGAACUGCUACUGGCACUCCACUAGUCCAGAUCUUAUCGUUAUCUGAUGGUGAGAGGAUAACCUCUAUUAUCCCUGUGAGUGAGUUUGCCGGAGAUCAAUAUCUUGUAAUGCUUACUGUCAAUGGCUACAUCAAGAAAGUACCUCUGUCUCUGUUUUCAGCAAUACAGUCAACGGGAAUCAAGCUAUCCAAUUGGUCCCUGGCGAUGAGCUAAAAUGGGUUCGCUGUUGCUCAAAUGAUGACCUUGUAGCAAUGGCUUCACAAAAUGAAAUGGUCACUCUUAGUUCCU